AUAUUUUUUGAACUUGAUUUAGUUUUGAGCAAAGGGAGAUGCUCCACAAAAACACAAUAGCACUUAUGAUAGUUAAAGUAAAACCACUUAAAGUUUAUUAUUAUUAUUAUGUUCCAGACCCAGAGGGACAACGAGAAGAGAGGAUCACGUGAGCCUCAAUUGUGGUUACCGGACUGUACAGCUGUGGUGGAUAGCUCAGGCAACCUUUGCAAGCAGAAACGCUCUCUCUCCCUCGCCUAACUCCACGAGACGGUCUCAAAACUGCUCCUGCAGGUAGAAAUAGGCAUACAGGGGCCCUUUGAUAACACAGGUACUCGCUCUGCCUUCUUCCUCGAUUGCUACACAGACGCGUUGCUCUAUAUAUUUACCAGGCAUCCUUUCGCCAUGGAGCUACUGGCUAACAGCAAUGGAGGUGAUCUGAAUGAAGUCCUCCCUAAAGAAGCGCCUGGCACUCUUGCAACUUUGAACAGUGACUUACAUGUACUAAGUGGUGAUGAGCUAUUGACCACACCCAUCCUCCCUCCUCCUCCUCCUCUUUCCCCUCCCUCCCUCCCUCCAAUCAUUAAUGGAUCCGUCACUGAUGAAUGUCUGAACUUUAAUGGCAUCACUGAGGAUCAGCUAGGAGUGGAGGAUCAGAAGAAUGAAGAGAUAACGGAGACAGUUCUAGAAGAAGGGGAUCAACAGGAUCUGAUGGUCACUGCUCAACCUGUUCCUGUCGACACUGAAAUUGAAAAGGACUCUCUCCUACAUGAUCUCUUGGGCUCAGAGCCUGGCAAGCUGUUGGUGAUUGAAAGCAGCAAUAUAAUAAUGGAGAAUGAUAAUCAGUCAGCAGCCAAGCCUCCCUCGCCUAAAGAAGUCCCAGAGGCUCCAGAAGUUAUAAAAGAAUCAAAAGAAGAAAUGGAAGACACUGUCACUAAAGGAAUGGACGAGAUAAAGGAAGUGGUCCCGGUGGCGGCCAUAUUGCUAAUCCCUCCUACUUUAAACUCUGUGACGGUCACUCCUGAGGCAGAAGAUGAGGAAAUGGAGGUUCAGUCAGAGCACAAUGAGAUCCUGCAGCAGUCAAGUACAUCAAAGGAGUCAGAUUUAUCUGGUGAUUCCCACAUUAUGUCCUCAUUAUCAGAGCCUGAUAUCAAUGCACAUCAGAUACCAACAACAUCUUCAUUGCUUGUAACUGAUCAACUUGAUGUUCCUGAUGUCCUUGAAACUGUUAAAGAUUUAUCUCCUCCUCACGAAGAGGUCAUACCAGCUCCGUCUGGGGUCGCAUCAUUUUCACUCUCCUCAGUCAACAUUCCUGAUAACGCAUUGAAUGCACCUGUUAAUAUGCUGACACGUAAUUUCCCUCGGAGGCACAGACACGUCCACAGAGCUGCUGUUUAUGCUAUGCACCCAUACCACAGGGCAACAUGUCGUGGUGGGGCUGGGGUCAGUGUUGCUAAAACGCUUGAGUUGAUCAAAGCCGUUCUUCAAACCUCCUUUAAUCAAGAGCUGAAGAAACUGUGUGACGAUUAUUUACAAAUAUUCUCAAUUGCCGCUGCUAAUAUAAAUGAUAAUACUAAUGACACCAUCCCUGACUCUACUCUGAAGAUUCUGGUUAUGAAAAUGCUUGAGGAGGCUCAACAAGGCUAUCAAAAUGGGAAGUGGGAGUUCCCUUCAGUUCAAUUGCCUAAGAACGACAGGGUGAGUGAUUCUAAAGGUCCUCCAAUGUCUACUAAAAAGGUCAGAUCUGAGAAGGAACCCAGACAGUACUCAAGCAAUAAAAGGAGAAAAAUGACUGAAAAAGCAGUUGACAGCUCUCGUGCUCCUUGGAGGUGGAGUCUUGAUAAGAGACGACUCAAUCCUGGAAAAGUAAGUGAAGGACCUCUUAACGUGUGUGUGUGUGUGUGUGUGGACAACGUCGACAUAUUGAAAUCAGUUCAAAAGCUUCAGCGUUUCUCCGUUCCACAAUUUAUGGAGAAAAAGAUGAAGGACUUUGUGAGAAAUGUCCAAGGUUAUUUUGCUCAGGAGAGUGCAGCAGCUGCUGCAGCUACAGCUGCCGCCACUUUACCAACCACAAAUCCUGUACAAGAAGAUAAUGGAGAUAAAUAG